AUGACCACCAACGAGCAGUUGCAGGCUCAAAUUGCCCUCAUCUCCAGCAAAAUCAACCAGGCUAAGCAGCAGCAACAACAGCAGCAGAGCUACUUUCAAGCACCAAAGUACGAGACCGGCCACCAACAGCAGUACUCAUCAUACCGCGGAUCUCCGAGAUGGGCCCCCUACGCCCGUGGUGGUCGUGGUGGCCUGCACAAGAACCGUACGCUCGUCGUUAAUGACGCUAACAGGACUCCGCCGCCAGAUACCGACCAGCCCUUCACAUCUGCCGCUUCGGGUCUUGUGUCCACACGUGGGACAACUCAUCAGCUAAUGACCAAGGGCACAUUCAAUCGCGAGCAGCAGGCACGCCUGGAGCUUCAAGGACAGCAACGCGAUGCCAAGCGGCGGAAGAGGCGAGCCUCGGAGCAGUCUAGAAUACUGCGCCACGUCCUCCCGAGCGGCAAUACUGCCAUGCGAGAGAUGGUCAUCGACGGAAUUCUAUUCCAGCUCACUCAAGAUGGUGGCAAGCUUGUUCGAGUCUCUGAUAUCGCCACCGCCGCUCUCGAGACUCCAAAGAGGACGAAGAUCGUUGGCGUCGACUUCUUCCGCACCAAGAACGGUAAUCUCGUUCGCGCCAGUACCUUACGACCAUCAGCUAGGUAUCAAACGCCGCAGACUCUUUGCUUUGAGCACUGCUUACCACCUAUGAUUAGGCCGACCGCGACCAAAGCCCGGUGCGAGAAUUUCACGAAACAUGGUACCUGUCCCUUUGGCUCGCAAUGCCACUUCGCGCAUGAUCCAAACAAAGUCGCCAUCUGCAAAGACUUCCUCAAAGGUGGCGCCUGCUCUCGUGGCGCGAACUGCGACAUGUCCCACGAGAUGACCUGCCAUCGCGUCUCCGCUUGCCAGUUCUUCUUACGCGGCAACUGCACGAACGCUGCAUGUCGCUAUCCUCAUUUUUCUGUCCCUCCAUCUGCACCUGUCUGCGCUCCAUUCGCCACUCUCGGCUAUUGUGCCAAGGGUCCCGACUGUGACAAGAGGCAUGUCCUUGAAUGUCCCAACUUUGCCAACAAAGGUCACUGUGCGAAUCACGACAAGGGCUUGUGCCUGUUGCCUCACCCCGACCGCGCCAGUAUCUUACGCAAAGCUGCUGAGCGGCAAGCGAAGAUGGGCGCGGAUGCUGAGUCCGACUUGUCUAGCGAUGAGGACGUCAAAGAUGAGGAGGAUAUAGAGGACAUUGACUCUGAGGGGGAAGAUGUCUUUCUGACAGGUACUGGUGAGAACAGCCAUGAGCUUUCUCAGCAGCAAGACUUCGUUGGCUUCAAUUGA